AUGUCAUCUAUCUCCAUCGGACUCCCAAAAGUCCAUGCUAAGUUAGGAGCUAAUUCUGCCCCACUAACCGACUUCAUAAUCGGGACGUGGCACGUAACCCACUCCAGCCUCCCUCUGUGGAAAGGCAAGCGGAACGUCAACAUCACCUACAAGCUCCUCCCCGCAGAUUCUACCGAAGUACAAAAGAUCGACGAUUUGGUACAAUACCAGUCCAUUGACUCCGAAAAAAUUAAAUCCGUCCAUGGCGUGGAUACCCCAACUUCAGGUAAUCCCGGCUCCUGGGAUUGGCGCGGCAAAGGCUGGCUGAUGAUCGCGAGCUCGCACUGGGAGUGUCUCGGGUUCGGCCAUAUCGAUGAUGGUAAUCAGUGGAUUGUGACGUACUUCGAUAAAACACUCUUCACGCCUGCUGGUAUUGAUGUCUACUCGAGGAACAAGGAGGGGCUUCCGCAGACUACUGUCGAUCAGAUACUUGAUGCUCUUAAGGGGCUUGGGGUCGAUGAUAUCACCAACCUUGCGAACAACAUCUUUCAGAUUCCGCAGAACUAA